AUGGACACUCACAUGCUAUGGCUGGCGGGUAAAGAGCAGGAGGGCCACGGCGACCCCAUCUCCAUCGAAGAUCCAGCAACCGGAGAAACCUUCGCCAUAUGUCACACAGCGUCCCAAUCAGAUGUAGAGAUCGCCAUCACAUCAGCUCACCAAGCAUUCGAAUCUGGCGUAUGGUCGCGCGCCAGCCGUCACCAUCGUGCAGAUGUUCUCGAGAAGUGCGCAGUGCUUUUGACAGACGCUUUGCCUGAUCUCAUUCCUCUAGAGUCAAGACAGACUGGUCGAGUCAUUCGAGAAAUGAAUGCGCAGGUCCCUUCGCUCACGAGGUGGUUGAAGUACUAUGCCUCGCUGCUUCGAGUUGAAGAACGUUCUGUUCUACCGACCGUGGGGAAGUUGCAUAACUUCAUCGAUCGUGUGCCACUGGGAGUUGUCGUUCAGAUCACACCUUUCAAUCACCCAUUGCUGAUCGCCGUUAAGAAGCUGGCGCCUGCGCUUGCUGCAGGUAACAGCGUCAUUAUCAAGCCCAGUGAGCUGACUCCCUUGACGACACUUUUACUCGCCAAGAUUCUCCAGAAGGCCGGUAUUCCAGAUGGCGUGCUCAGUGUCCUGCCUGGACUCGGCGCUGUCACUGGAAAAGCACUUGUUGAGCACCCUUUGGUUAGGAAAGUGGAUGUGACAGGUGGAACUGAAGCUGGGAGGGCGAUUGGCAAGAUCGUGGGCAGCAACCUGGCAAAAUAUACUGCGGAGUUGGGAGGAAAGGCGCCUGUAAUUGUGUUUGAGAAGGCCGAUAUCGAUAUGGCGGUCAAUGGAAUUGCUUUUGGUAGCUUUAUUGCGAGUGGGCAAACAUGCGUGGCCAGCACUCGGAUCAUUGUGCAGAGCACUAUCAUUAAUGCCUUGCUGCAUAAGCUCAAAGCCAAGGUUGAGAGUAUCACGCAACGCAUGGGAGACCCGAGCAACAAGGACUCCACGAUGGGUCCCUUGAUAUCGGAGAGACAGCUUCGACGAGUGGAGCGUCUAGUCGAGCAGGCCCAAGAGCAUCGAUACGCGGUCCCUCUUGUUGGCGGAAAACGAAUGACGAAUCGAAGUAACCUUGACGGAUUCGACUUUUCCAAGGGAUAUUUCUUUGAGCCCACUGUGCUGGUGUCCACCGAGAGCCAAAGUGUGACCAAGACUUCCCUCUGGAAGGAGGAAGCAUUUGGCCCUGUGAUUGUUAUGGCCACAUUUGAGGAUGAAGAGGAGGCGAUUUCCUUGGCAAACGACACCGAGUUUGGCUUGGGCGCCGGUAUCUGGACUCAAGAUGUCUCUCAGGCUUUCCGAGUAUCAGAGCGAAUUAGAGCUGGAAUCACUUGGGUCAACACCCACCACCGAAACGAUCCCAGCAGCCCAUGGGGCGGUGCAACAAAUGCCAGCGGAGUUGGUAGUGAGAAUGGGGUUGAAGCUUAUCAUGCGUACACCACCACGAAGAGCACAAUCAUCAACUAUGCUUCUCCAGAGGAGUCCUUGGCAGCAGAUGACUGGUUUGGAACCAUGGAGAAGGUGAGAUAUGGCUGA